UAUCUGUAUUAAUUGUUGUAUUCACAUUGAAAAGUUCGGAAAAAUAUUUUUUUUCUACCUACCUUAAACGUUCUUUACUGUUAGUCAGAAAAAGUAACAUGUCUUUUGUUUUGAAUUCUCACGCAAUUUGUCUUAACAACAUUAUCGAGGAAUGUGCUAUGUCUUGAAAAGUGGGUACUGAUUUAGGUAUCUUAAUUCUUCCUAAUCUCGUAGCUCAAUUAAGUUGUUAUUUUCGACAAGUCUUGCAUUUGUGGAACUCACAUAUAUUUUCGAAGAAAAUAGUGAGUGUAAGUUUUAAAGUCAAGGUUUUGCGACUCCCCCCUCUCAUUACAGACCUUAGCGACCAGGUUUAAAAUAAUGGAUAUACAUAUAACAACUUCAUUCGCUAUGUAAUUCAAUGCUUCUUAUAAUAAAAAUGUAAAAUUUAAAAAAAAAGCAGUGUUAAAAAUGAAAAAUACUGAGCGAAUAGCAACAAAGAAGACGAAAAAUAAGGAUGUCUCUCAGAAAAUGAAAAAAUUCAUGAUUUUAUACUAUUUAUAUUACAUAUUAAUAUAAUGAAGCUGAAAAAUAUACGUGAGGUCCGCAUUUCAGCUCCGAAGGGGCUGCGCUAACAAACUUUUCAUUUUUGGUUUAAAAUUAAUAAUACGAAUCCGUUAGAAAAGCAUUUCACACAUAUCUUCAUAUCGAAUCGAAAAUAAAUCUUAAACAAAAAUUUCUUCAUUCAAGGUUUUAUUUUCCUAGAAAUUCUUUUAACAGAUUAAUAAUAUCCGAACAAUUAGUUAUUGACACAAGAAACUCUCAAAGAACAUUACUUGAUUAUUUUGAUCAAAUAUUUCAGUUUAUUUGACACUUUCCUUACAAAUUUCAUUUAACCUUGAUUUAAUCUUUAGAAAUGGAAAUAUCAUUUAUUAUUGUCAGCACUAAAAGAGUGUUUCUUCAAUGACAAUGGAUCAUCUUCAACAUUAUCAGAUCCAAGAAAAUCAAAUAAUUUUGUAGUCAUUUUGUUGAUGAUCAAAAAGAAAGAGAUUUUUUGAUGUUUUUAAAAGUUUUAUCAUUUUUGAUGCUUUUUAUUCAAUCAGUUCAAAUCUUUCUUGUUUAGUAAAUUAUGUUGUUGAUCUGAAAAUUUAGAGAAAAAUUCGUUUACUUAAAUGAAAAUCAAAUGAAAUUUCAAGUUCGUUAUUUAUCUACAAAAAUCUUUUUUAAUUGAUUUGAUUGAAUUUCAAUUAUAUAAGACUAAAAAAAUAUUGUAAAAAGAAAUGUUUUGUAUGAAAAUAUAUAUUUAUAGUUUUUCUUUUCUUAUUCGCUUUUAGUAUUAAUAAACAAGUCAGUUCUGUGAAGUUUAUCUAAGCAUCGAAUUUUGUUUUGAUUUAGAUCCCGUUUAGAAAAUUUAGAAAAUGAAACUAUUUAUGAAAUAUUUCAAUAUCUUGAUAUUUAUCAUGUUUACAAACAAUUUUAUUUUAUCUUAAUAAACGAUUAAUGAGUUUAAUUGUCAAUAGAAAUUUUUCAAUUCAAAUAAAUAUUAUAACAAUGUCAAAAUCAAAUUUUAUCUUUAUCAAAUCCAUUUACUGUUAAUAUUAUUUUCUCGCCACCACACAUUAUUUGUGAUUAUAUUCAACUUGAAACAUUAAUUUAUGAUAAUAUUUAUGCAAAACAUCUUAAUAACAUUCUUUAACAUUUAAUUUAUUUAUCAAAAUUACAUUCAUUAGGUUUUAGUCUUGUUGAUUAUGUUCAAGAUCCAUGUAUUCUUUUUCAUCAUAUAUUUCGUUAAUCGAAAUUAACAUGUUAUAAAAUUAUAUAUCAAAUAAAAUAUAAUCAACAACUAAUGUCAAUUUAUUCGACUGACUUUACACUUAGUCCUAAUGAAUAUUUUGUAUUUAAUAAUCGUUUUUCAAUUGAUUCAGGAUCUAAUUAUCAAAAUAUUGAUCAAGAUUCUAUUACACUAGAAUAUUUCAAAUAUGUUUCUAUUAAAGUUGAUAAUAUAUAUUUCAAUUUAUUCCAAAAAUUAAUAAAACAUUUCUUUGGUUGUGUUGCAGUUUUACGUCUUAUAGAAUAUGAUCCAACUUUUUCUUCAAUGGCAAAUUUACGUAUUUUUGAUCUAUAUCAUACUAGUAUUAUACAAAAUAAUGACUUAAUAUAUCUUCUUUUAAUUUAUUAAUUUGUCUCUUCAUUAUGGACUUGAUGCCAAUGAUGUUUUUACACAUGAACAUAAUUGGCAAAAAAAAAAUUAGAUAGUGUAAGAAUUUAUUUAACAAAUCCAUACAAAAGAAAAGAUUAUAAAUUUGAUUUAUGUACUCAAGAAAAUAAUUUCAAUUUUCCAAAUGCUAAUGAAUUAACAAUUAAACAUUAGGUUUACAUUGGCUACAUCAACAUCAUCUACGCGAGAAUUAAAAAAUUCAUCAACAAGUUUAACACUAAAUCAAACAAGUUCAACAUCUGUCAUUAGCAAAAAUUUUCGUCGUACACCUUUAAUACGUGAACGUCAUGGAACGAAAUUUGAAGAUGAAAUUUUAUUAUUACGUGGCGAAGAAGAAAAAUUUCUUAAUUCGUCUAUUAGUUAUAAAAAAUUACCUAAUAUUAUCGAUUAA